AUGGCUGAAGACGCAAGCGCUGCCUGGCCCAUCGCCGAUGAGACCCUGAGCCAGAGCCUCUUGGACCUUGUCCAGCAGGCCAGCCACAUGAGACAAUUGAAGAAGGGUGCCAACGAGACCAUCAAGACUCUUAACCGUGGUAUCUCCGAGAUCGUGAUCCUUGCGGCCGACACUACCCCGCUCCCUCUCGUUCUCCCCAUUCCUCUGCUGUGCGAGGACAAGAACGUCGCCUACGUCUACGUCCCCAGCAAGAUGGCUCUGGGCCGUGCUACCGGUGUUUCCCGCCCCGUUAUUGCUUGCUCGAUCACCACCAACGAGGCCAGCGAGCUGAACAACCAGAUCCGCACCAUCAAGACCCAGGUUGAGCGUCUGAUGAUCUAA